AUAAACGCGCUUUAAAAGUUUGGCUGUACGUUUAAAGAAAGCGCUUUCAGCCACAAUUUGCUGCUUUCAUUCCAGGAAGUUGCGUUAGCAUUGUAGGCAGUUAGCACCAAGCUAGCUGUGGGUAAAUGCUCGUGUUUAUGAUGAGGUGGCAUACCGCUCCUUGUCUUUGAUCUUUAUUUACCUUUAGAUUUUUUACUUAAUAAUGGCGAUAUUCAAGCCUUGUAGUUAGUGUACAUGGCUGGCAUUUCGAGUUCUACCCAGUACACAUGAUAGUGUAAAAGCAGAGGAGUUUCAGUGCUCUGAUGCCUUCUGCCAAUCUACCUUCUGCAUUUCCAAUCUGUCACUAGAUCAGGAGGCCACAGACACAAUGAGUUCCAAAUUCAGCUUAAUCAACUAUAACUCGCGGAAACACAUCUCCAUCUCCAUCCCCUCCUCCACAGAGGCCAUGUCCCCCCACAUUAAGUCCGUAGAGGAGCUCAGAGUGCUGGGGGUCAAUCUGAGCACUUUCAACACUCCCACGCAGUUCUUCAUCUGUGUGUCCGGGGUUCUCUUCUUCUACCUCGUCUACGGCUACCUGCAGGAGCUGAUAUUUUCAGUAGAAGGUUUCAAACCCUUUGGCUGGUACCUCACCUUAGUCCAGUUUGGGUUCUACUCCGUGUUUGGCCUGGUGGAGUUGCAGCUUACCCAGGACAAGAGGAGGAGGAUUCCAGGAAAAACAUACAUGAUCAUAGCAUUUCUAACGGUCGGAACCAUGGGCCUCUCCAACACAUCACUGGGAUACUUGAACUACCCGACGCAGGUCAUCUUCAAGUGCUGCAAACUCAUUCCGGUUAUGAUCGGAGGAGUUUUCAUUCAAGGGAAGCGGCACAACGUCGCGGAUGUAUCAGCUGCUCUCUGCAUGAGUUUCGGCCUUAUUUGGUUCACGCUGGCCGACAGCAAGGUUGCACCAAACUUUAAUGUGACAGGGGUUCUCCUUAUCUCUUUGGCACUUUGUGCUGAUGCUGCUAUUGGAAAUGUGCAGGAAAAGGCCAUGAAGCUACACAACGGGUCCAACUCAGAAAUGGUGUUGUAUUCCUACUCUAUUGGGUUUGUGUAUAUUCUCUUGGGACUUUUGUGUGUGGGAGGACUGGGACCCGCUGUGGCCUUCUGUGCUCAGCAUCCGGUAACGACGUACGGUUAUGCCUUUUUCUUCUCUUUGAUGGGUUAUUUUGGGAUCUCCUUUGUUCUGGCCUUAAUAAAACUCUUCGGUGCUCUAGUUGCGGUCACAGUGACCACAGGAAGAAAGGCCAUGACGAUCGUCUUAUCUUUUAUGUUUUUCUCAAAACCCUUUACUUUUCAGUAUGUCUGGGGAGGCCUACUGGUGGUCUUGGGGAUCUUCCUCAACAUCUACAGCAAAAACCGAGACAAAAUGAAGCUCCCCUCGUUGGCAGAGACGUGGAAACGGUUGCUCGGCGGGAGGAAAGGCCGACCGUUCUCUCAGACGGUGUAGGCAUUGGACCUCUGAACUUUUGAAGAACACUACGGGCAUUGCGGAGUACGGUUUGACUCGAGCUGAUGAUUUAGCCAGAAUGACCACAGUUUUGCACUGUACGGUGGCUAGACUACGGACAGCUCGACCUGAACUUGAAGCCACAGACGUAGUACCGGCGGUGUGCGUACUGACCGUCGUGGUGAAUGAAUUCGAACCGUGAUUCUAUUCUUCACCUGCAUGUGCCACACAUUGAUGGCAUUCUGUCAGUAAUUUAUACAUGUAUAUAUUUUACCUUUUAAAUGAACAGUAAUCAGACAAGGGAAGUGCUAUUAACGUGACUGUUAUUAAAAGGCUGACAAUUAGGAGUACAUCAGUGUGUCAACUGCCAUAUUUGCUAUCCGUUUGUUUGGUGAAAGGGUAGCUCUUUUUACAUUAAAAACAACCAGGGAACUUUA